UAACAAACAAAUACUGCUGCAGUCUGAAAAGCCGCAAAACCAACACGCCUAUUUCCUCCAUUUCUGUGCCUUGGUGCUUAGUUACGGAGAGAUGAGGUGACCUACUCUCCUAACGGCGUAACGGACAUCCGAAAAGGAGACACGUGCCGAAGAAAAAGAAAAAGAAAAAGAGGGUCGGGCCAGUUGAUGGCUUUAGAGCAGGAAUUGUCCCUGGGUCAGAAUACGAAUACGAAUUCGAAUAGGAAUCCGAACCCAGUUGAUUGCGUGGAUGUUCGGGGUGAGGGUGGAGACGAGGGAGGGAAAGCGCCGAGACUGCCUCGGUGGACGAGGCAAGAAAUUCUGGUUCUGAUACAGGGAAAGAGAGACGCUGAAAACAAGUUCAGGAGGGGCCGAACGGCCGGAUUGCCAUUAGGGUCGGGUCAGGUGGAGCCCAAAUGGGCAUCGGUCUCUUCCUACUGCAGAAAGCAUGGAGUCAACAGAGGUCCGGUUCAGUGCCGGAAAAGGUGGAGCAAUUUGGCCGGAGACUACAAGAAGAUCAAAGAAUGGGAAUCUCAGAUAAGAGAGGAGUCGGAUUCCUUUUGGGUCAUGAGAAACGAUUUAAGGAGAGACCGGAAAUUGCCCGGAUUUUUUGACAAGGAAGUUUAUGAUAUUCUCGAUUCAGGCUCCCAAGGUCCGGCGUUGGCUCUCGCUCUUUCAUCGCCUCCUUCAAUGACAGUAACGGUGUGCAAGGACAUGCGCAUGGACAUGGACACCAAAAGAGGGUAUGCACCUGCCCCUUCCUCAGCCUCAGCCCCUGCCCCUGCCUCUGCCCCUGCUGAGCCUGAGGAGCCUCACCUCUACGAUAGUAAUCGGAGCGUCCCUGUUGAGGAUGGUUUGUUUUCAGAUUUCGAACAAGAUGAAGUCUCUGCCAGUCCCGAGAAGAAGGACAUUUUUCCGCCCUCCAACAGGGACUUCCCUGCUCCCAUUCCUAUAUCAGGUGUGACUAACGAGAAACAGUCUACUCCAAAUCCAGAAAUGGGUUCUACCUCUCAAGGAGAGCGGAAAAGGAAGCGAUUAUCAACUGACGGAGGGGAGGAAACUUUGCAAAUUCAUUUAAUUGAUGUCUUAGAAAGAAAUGGCAAGAUGCUAAGUGCUCAACUUGAAGCGCAGAAUAUAAAUUUCCAGUUGGAUCGUGAGCAGCGGAAAAUCAAUGGUAGUAAUUUGGUUGCCGUGCUUGAUAAGCUUGCAGAUGCUUUAGGGAGAAUCGCUGAUAAAUUAUAGCGCAAGAGCAAUCAGAAUGCAGUGUACAUAACAGUUGAAGUCCUGUAGAUAAUUGGGUUACUGUUAUUUAUCACAGGAUGUCAUCUAGAGGAUGACUGCCACACUUGUUCCCCCUUUGUUUUCCUUUAUGGAUAUGCCAUUAUUUUUGUGGUUUAUUACUGCCAUUUUAGGAUUUUACACACAUUUGUACUACUGCUCCUCUCUCUCUUACUGCUAUGUUAAUAUACGAAUCUUUCCCAGGGAUGACAUUUCA